AUGGAACUGAAAGAAACAAUGACGGAAAACCAUAUACAAACACGUUCUCAAUUGGCACGGAAGUACGCAAGCAGAAUGACAGUAAUGUUGGGAAAGAUAAUAAAUAUGGCAUAGAUAGUAUGGAUGAAAUAGACAGAACCAAUUUCGACGAUUUUGGUAGAAAACACCAAAAGAAAUAA